AUGACGUACCAGUUCGUGGAGGCGGGCGCUCAUGUCAUUGAGCCGCUAUCUUGGGACGAGUACUUUGAUUCCGAUUGCAAGAUUGAUGUGAAUCACACCAUUAAGAAUCUGAAGCCCAACUUAGUCUGGUUCCAAGGUGAUGUUUGUUCUUCUUUACUCCACAAGAACAUCCAGCACACUAUUGAGUGCCAGCUCAACUGUGGUGGUUCGGUAGUUCUACAGGCUCAACUUCGUGAUCCAUUCUGGACAGCGGUGAUCUACGCACUCUUCGCCUUGGACAACAUGUCGGCCUUGAACAGGAAGGCUACCCGAACCAGGCACUUGCGGUAUGCAGGUGCAGAUGAAGGGGUCUUGAAAGCUUGCAAAAAGAUGCGUUGCGAGGUAUGUGACAGAAAUCAGAACACACACGUCGCCCGCCCGGCGACACUUCCUUCGCUACUCGACAUGAACCAGCUCGUCAGCAUCGAUGUGUUUCAUGCCUUCGAUGUUGAUCGUGUGCGACAUGAGUUUUUGUCCGUGAUAGACCAUGCUACCACCUUCCAUCUGGUGUGCGAACUUCAAGGAACAAUAUCAACCGACCUCGAGACAGGUCUUCAGGAGAUCCUGCAAAGGGUGAUCGACGAAAAAUCUAUUACCAGUGAAGACAUGCAUCUGGCGGUGCAGGCCGCUUUCGGCCGUGAUCCUCGAUGUCCAGAGGAGUUGUGCGGCAGCAACGAUGAGGACAGCAGCGAAGAUGGCAUUCUUCCGUACACAACUGGAUUCGAAAUUCAGGAUCGAGAAGGUGGCCACCAAACGGGGUUCCUGGAGAGGAACAUCUUCGUCCUUCAUCACCAGAGGCCGUACUUCAUCCUGACGGAGAUCCUGGACAGGAUCACCAAGCGCCUUCUGAUGAGGUCAGCCGAAGACAAGCAGUUCAAUGAACACUUGGACCACCAGGCACUCAAGCCCUUGAGCGUCGAAGAAUCCGCUGAUGUUUUGCGACAUCGCGAUCCAGACGUCAAGUGCCUUGAAACGGAUGCCCCAACAAUCAACCGCCUGACCAUUCUCACUCUCCUACAGGUUCUGGCGAGCCGCAGGAAGACCCACGACUGGGUCGCAGCCGCUGGGGACAUCACCGCGGCUUUUCUGAAUGGUGAUGACAUGGAUCGCGAACUUUAUCUUCGACAACCCAGGACCGGGCUUAAAGGGCUGGAUGCAAGACAAUUACUUUUGAUCACAAAAGGGGUGUUCGGGCUACCUGAUAGCCCUCGCAAAUGGUGGAGACGACUACGACGCGAUAUGCUCAACAUCCGCAUCCACAUUGAGGGAGAAGAGUGUUUCUUCACUCAAUGCGCUCUCGAUCCAUGCCUCUUUCAGCUGGUGUCGGCCAAGGACCCC